GUAUUGGGAGAUGGCCAACAAGGCAACAACGCUGCUCGCUUCGCAGCAACGCCCCAAUCCUCCGUCCUCGGAACCAAACGACGCCGUCCGGCCGUCCGGCCACUCGUGCGGAUGGCGGAGAUCGCCGGCGACGAGGCCCCAACACCUCCUACCAUCUCCGGCGAAGUAUCCGGAGACCCGCAUACUUCUGCCGCUACCCCUGCCGGCAGCAGCAACAAGCCGCCGUUGCGCGCGACGAAGCCCGGAGUGAAGCGCCUCAUUCUCACCGCCUCCGUCCUCCUCUCCUUUCUCGUCGGGCUGCCCUUCCUGCUGAAGUCCACCGAGAUCCAUCGGUCGCCGCUGCCUUCGGACGCAAUCACGGCACUCGCCCACCGCCUCCACUCCACUCCGCCCUCGUUCCCGUGCGCCCUCCACGCGGUCUUCCUCCGGUCGGUUCCCGGCCGCUCUGACGAUGCCUCCCUGUACCGUCGUCUUGAGCGGUCGAUUUCGGCGCAGCUCCAGCUUCUUGCAGCCACUUCUACCGCCGGUAAUGUCUCGGUAUCAGUCACCGUUGAGUCAGCUGGUGGCUGCUCCAGCAGCAGCGGCAGCGUUGGCUCAGGUUGGCAGUGUGGCACUGUGAGCAGUGCAGACCUGGUGGUUGGCGAUGAGGUGUUCGAUGAAUUGCUGCACUCAGCUUUAGGCAGCGUCGGAGGGGAUGGGUCUAGGGUUUACACUGUUGUGGUUGUGGAGAUUGAUGAUGCAGAUGGUAUGAGGGUUGUCGUUGGGAAGCACCGGCAUGCUUGGGUGGUUGGAAAAGCUGAUGAGGUUAAGGCUGUCUCAGUUAUUGGCAAGGUAUUUGCCAAGUAUUUCAUGAAUGGGGGUAUUGAGGAGGGUGAGGCAGGCAUUGGGAAAGGCGAGUUCAUGCCAGUUGGAUCAGAUGGCAAUGUCGUUCUAUCCUUUAGCUUGCUGAAUGCUGAUCCAAGUGAUUGGGUGUAUGAUUGGGACUUUGAAAAGAUUGGUGAGAAGAUGUUGAAUCCUGUGGUUGAGGCACUGCGACCGAUUGCGGAAAUCAAUAUAGAAAGUCAGGUUUUGUACCACACUCCUAAGUCGUCCUAUUCUUAUUUUGAUGAUAAACUGGGUGGCAAUUUCCUUAGUAUGGGAGACAUUCCUUUCUUUGUAAACUCAAAUGAGUGGCACUUGGAUACAUCUAUUUCAGCUACAGGACGAUCAAAAGUUCUUCAAUUUGUUGUAUACAUUCCAUCUGCAAGGGAAUGCCCAUUAUAUUUACAACUUCCUGAUGGUGGGCUUUCAAAAACCAAUGCAUUUAUAUCCCCUAUGUGGGGAGGUGUUCUUAUCUGGAACUCACCGGACUGUUCACUUGGUUCCAAGAAAACUCAUGGUACCCAGAAGAAAAUGUCAUCUCAGGAACUUAUGGAGGCACUCGAAAUAUUUGUUGGACAACUAAGGCAGCUGUUUGGUCUAAAACCAUCUUAUUUCUCACAAGAUAUGGACGUUCCAACUAAAUUUCUAGUUAGUGAAAAGGGCUUCACAGAAUGGGAGUUAGAUUUAUUAUAUCGGCACCAUGCACGUUCCAAUCUGCUGUCAUGCCUCACCACAUUGGAGUCUCUAUCCAGUCUGGUCCACUCUCUCCCUAGGAUGAUUGUCAUGGAUGAAAUUGGAAGACAGGUUGAGCUUUCUCUUGAAGCUGCAAAUUUAGCACAGGGAAAUGCAACUCUAGGAAUAAGUGACUCUUCAGCAGCCAUUUUUCGCACCAGUUUCCUUGCAUGUGCUGCUGGCGGCAAUCAAAGAGCUGAAACGUUACAAGGCAGAGCGAGCAAAAUAUUCGGCAUUUCUUGCUUCCCAGGCGACAUCCUCCUGAUCUGGUGAUGAUUAGCACGGAUUUGCACCAGAAAAUUCUGAACGUUUAUAUGAAGCUGAUGGCCACUAUUGGUACUGCACAUAGUGGAGACUGGAGAGUAAGCAACACUGCAGCGUCACUUGUUCUAAUGCUCACGGAAGUGGUUAGGAUGUCCAGGUGAUGUCAGGCCGAGAGCUAUAGUCGAAAUCUCUACCAAUUGAGCAGUUCUUGUAACCCAGAUUUUGUUCCUAGAUACCUCAUACGUACUCACAUUGAAGUUUUUUUUAAAAAAAAAUAUAUAUUUAGAAAGGACAGACAUUAAGAUUCCAGAUCGAAGAUGUUGAGAUGGUUAAAGCAUUGCUGCGAAAUCAGAGCCGAAGAAACCAGUAUUGCUUUAAGCAUUAA